AUGGCUUCCCGAACCCGCCCGGACAACCCCGACAAAUCCUUCACCAUCCUUCUCGGAAUGCCUAAGCCCGAGAAGCCUAAGCAUUCAGACUGGGUUCUUCUCAAACCAUGCGAGCUCCCCCUCGAAGCCCGCUGCGAUCAUCUCCAAAAUCGUAGCACAUGCAGGAGAGUUUGGGAAUGCUAUGGUUGGCAGCGCGGGUUAACCCUAAACAACUUCAAUGACUAUAUCUAUACGUGUGAGAAUGAAAAAUGUUCGGGCCACGCCAGCGACGAGGGUCCCCGGUGCUAUGGUAAGCCUGGUGUGGUUUGCAAGCAGCCGUCUGCGAAGGGCGAGGAAUUGAAGAGGAUGAAAGUACGGGGAACGCAUGAGGUCAAAGGCUGGAAGGACAUUGUGGGAGAAAACGGCUUGAAUAAGACGAUGAAGAAGAUCAAGGCAAAGCAAGGGAAGCAGUUUGUUGGGUAG